AUAGUAUUGUUAAACUUUUGUGCAAAGAACAAUGAACAAAAAGGAAAUGUGCCUGAUUGGUUACUUCAUAAUAUUUUUCGUUUUUUGUUGGAGUGUUUAUUUCGCAGUUUUCUUCACUUCUAGUCCUACUCAAAAUUCAACUACUUUGGAAUUAGUCCAUGUGAUUAUGAGACACGGCGACCGGAAUCCGGAUAAAGUGAGCAUAGGUCUAUUAAGUCCUUACCUGGACGAAAAAUAUUAUGCAGAAGGUUAUGGACAAUUACACAAAGCUGGCAUAAUAAGGGCGCACCAAGUAGGCAGCUACUUACGCUCAAGAUACAACAAUUUCUUAGGACCAACAUGGAAUAUUAAACAUUUGGAAGCAAGAACCUCAGAUUAUAAUCGAACUAAAAUGUCGUUGCAACUAGCCUUAGCGGGUUUAUAUCCACCUGUUGGAUCUCAGAUGUGGUCUUCUAUAUAUUGGCAACCUAUACCUUACAAUUAUGUCCCUAAGUUUGAAGAUAAAGAGCUGUUGCCUUAUAAUACGUGCCCAAGAUUUAAUGAACUUUUAAACGAUAUAUAUGAAGAACCCAACAAUAAAAAGUAUCUUGAAAGAUAUAAUGAAACUUUUAGCAUUCUUGAAAACAAAACUUUGAGAAAAAUGGAUCCGGAGAGUGCUUUUUAUUUGUAUAUUGGAUUUCAAAUUCAGGAACAACUUGGUUAUCCUUUGGAAGAAUGGACCAAAGCAGUAUACCCUGAACCUUUACAUGCUGAAAUGAUAGAUUUUUAUCAUUUAAUUACCAACACUACGGAGAUUAGGCGAAUCAUUGCAGGAUAUUUUCUAAAGAAACUACUCACUGACACGAAAGCCAAAAUUAACGGUACCAUUGAACCACCUGAAAGAAAAAUGUUUUUCUACAGUGCCCAUGAAGUUAACAUUGCUGCCAUGCUUCUAACUUUAAAUGAAGCAAUAUUUGAACUGCCACCUUAUAGCGCUUUUAUUAUUUUCGAAGUUCAUAAAAUCGAGGGAGUUUAUGGAAUAAAAAUGUUUUAUCAGAAUUACAAGCAAGCUGAUCCAGUUCUUCUCAAAAUCAAAGGUUGCGAUUAUUUUUGCCCUUUCGAUGAACUCUACAGGGUAGUGGAGAAAUACUUGCCUGAGGGUGAUGAAGAAUGUUUUGGAGGAGCAAGGGUAUCAUGAGAAGCCAGUAUUUAUUAUGUCAAUAGUCAUUGAAAAAUGUAAAGGCGAGACAAAACCGGCAUGGAAACUUUUUGUCUCGCCUAUAAAUAGUACGCUUUCAAUUUAAAUAAUUUAUUAACCAAUUAUGCAACCGCUAAAUCGAGAGGGAAACCACCCAAAGAAGUGCGGAACAAUUUGUGGAAAUCAUGAGAGGAGUUCCAAUGGAAAGAGAAGACAAGGGAUAUUGAACAUUGAAUAUUUUUCCAAUUUAUGAACUCGAUCAUUUUAUCCAAAAGGAAACUGGAAGAAAGUGCUGAAAAUAUCAGAAAAAAAGAGGAAGAUUGAAAUGCAAAAUUUGGGAGGUGGUUUCCAUCUCGACCUGCAUCAGCAGCUCAAGAUUAUGCGCCAAGUGAGAUUAUAAUUAAUUAUCAGUAUUUAAAACCACCAUUAUGUGUUCAUUAACGGGAUUAAGUAAUAAAUACCAAUAAACUAAACAAUUUAUUAUUAUUA